CCGAACAUCGACUUACUCUUGUCUUUGCUCAUGGAUCAACGUUGGCUUUUCAAUCUGAUUGGCUGAUGUUGCAAGUACGUAGAACCUUAUGUUCAAAGACCACUCAUUAUAAGGCGCGAAGCCUGCUCUCAUACUAUGCUCGCUCUCAAAGUGCGGUUCCGAACUCACCUGAUGUGAAGUCCGCCACUCUGGACAAUGUGAUACUGACACCUGGCAACCAUUGGAAUGGCUACAGAAGACCUCAGACAACUCUGAGUCCCCAUGAACUGUUGCGGCAGCUCCGACCGUCUAACGUUGAGCCUGAUCAGACUUGGGCUGCGUAUGAUGCUGACAACAUCAAGCGGAUGCGGGAAAUCUAUGUCACACCUGCUUCACGCGUCGGCUCUCAGUAUUACAAAGUAAUGGAAGAAAUGCGCCAGAUUGAGACCGAGGCUUUGACAAUUGGUCGAGAAAUAGCCCGUCGCUGCAGGGACGCUACUCUGUUGCGUCGCGCCUUUCGUUACCUGUUCGGAAGAUGUCACACCGUCCGCGAUAUCGUCCACGUUCUUGCCAUAGCAUUUCAGCGAACAGCUUCUGCCACGGAGUUACAGUACCUGAGUUAUCCAAUCAUACGUGCACUUUUCCGAGCGCGGGUGUAUGCCACCGACUUACGAAUCUUUUCACUAUGCUAUGCCUUUAUCCUGAGAAUGGAAAAAGCAGGGCUGGCUGCUGACGACACCAUUUUCAAUCACUGUGCAUUAUUCGCUGCUAGAUCAAGGGAUCCCAAAGCAAUGCAGAGAGCGUUGUGGUUGUUUCGGAGUAGAGGCGUGAACAUGACUUUCAAGGCCUUCCGUGCUAUUAUAGCCAAAUUUAGCAUCGGCCGUAAUGGUUAUGGUGAGCUCCGUAAUGGACGCUGGAAGCGAGAAGACGUUCUCUCAGUGCUUCUUGGUUUCGAUGGAACGCAUAUCAAGGGGGGCAACGUGCCUGACCACCACCUCGGAAGCUUUCUCAAACGCGAUGAAUGGGGAUAUGUCAUAGCUUGGCUCCAAAUUUUAGGACGUUGCCGCACUGCCGAUCUCCUGUGGGAGGAGUGGAUAACUUAUCGGUCUGUUUCCUUAGAUCAUCCCAUUCUCCGCGGCCACAACAGUCGACAGUCGAAUCCGGAGAGAAGACGCGAGCGUCUAUACACGAUAUUCAUCGACCAAAUGCUGAUUGCAGGUGAUGUGAGUAAAGCCUGGGCAAUUCUUCAUGAAAGCAAACUCGACUUCUGGAGCUUGGAAAUCGAGACUCGUGCAAAGUUAUUCGACAAUGCGGAGGAUUUGCAUCUUGCGAUUGCUGCGUUUGAAAAUCGAGACAGCCUCAAAACGGCAUUGUUGGAGAAAUAUACUUACGAGUUGGAGCGUAUUGAGCGGGCACUAGGGAUCGCAUGGAGAAGUGACGGAAAAGGGGGAGGAAGACAUGUCGUACCCUCUCUUGAGGAAAUGGAACUGAGAUUUGAGGAGUUAAGCCGACCAGAUUUCGGGCGUGUCUAUGGAUAUUUUAGCGAGCCGGUAGAUGAUUAAAGCCAAAUUAUUUGAAUUCAUGGUUUCUCUCAACCCUGCGGGUGGAGAUGUCAUGACCAAUCAUGUUGAGUCCUUCUGAGUACUUUCGCAGUCGAGAAAGUAUUCAGACCAGAAGGUAGCUGACUUCAGGACCGGCAGUGGUAUUUGACGGCCUAUAAAGGCAUAUAUUGAUGAGAAUUUAAGCCCAGAUCGCCAGUCAUUCACAUAAGCUGAGGGCAACUACAUCGUUCAAAAUAAAGAAAGCGCUCUUUGGG